CUCGAACCAAGUCCCGAAGCCACCGAAACCUCGCGCAUCCAACAUCACCACACCUUGCCAACAUCCUACCACACAUCCCACACAUCAAAGACAAUAUCAUAUCUGUACCCUGUACCUGCAUGUCUUCCUCUUUCAUGAGAGCAUGACUGUGCUGCAGUGCUCUUAGACAUUGUCUGACAUAACCUUACUCCCCUCUCUGGCGCGGGUAGCUGUCAAGUUACUGACCCCUCCCCCACCACCUCCUCUCUUUGACCGCUGCCUAGCAAUUGGAUUACGAUCACCUUGCAAUCAAAUCGCACGUAAGGCCUGAUUCUUACAUCAGUGGACUGUGCGCUUCUUUCAGCACAAAGCUCUCCGACAGGCUGUUUGCCUCAUCGUGCGGCUUGCCGUGCGGUUUGACUGUCAACCAUGUGGAAUGACGAGGAUAAUAACCCUUACGGCACGAGCUUUGACCGCCGUGAUAGCUUGAGCUCUUCUGUCAAUUCGACUUCACCAACUCCGAGCUCUCAUGCUCGCGUUGGCGUACUUAAUACCCCGUCUAUCACGAGUGACGAUGCUCCUCAAGAUCAGCCCGAGAGUGACGACAAUGACGCCUAUCCCGAAGAAGAAGUUGCACCACGGCGCAAGCCCGGCGGCUAUGAGAGUCGCAUCGAGCAAAUCCUUUGGGAGAAUCCAGAACUACCUAUUCUGAUUACUGACGCUGGCAAGAGCGCGGAGAGCGGUGGAAGGUACAUCGUCUACACCAUUCGCACCGGUAACCUCGAAGUCCGUCGGCGGUACUCCGAAUUUUCCUCUUUGAGAGAGGCCCUUACCAGACUGCAUCCGACCUUGAUCAUCCCUCCUAUUCCCGAGAAGCACACCAUGGCCGACUACGCUGCAAACCCCACAAAUGCGAAGCAAGACCAGCAGAUAAUAGAUUUGCGGAAACGGAUGUUGGCCGUCUUCUUGAAUCGGUGCCGGCGCAUGGAGGCCGUCAGAAAUGAUGGGGUGUGGUGGAGGUUUCUUGAUCCUAAUGCUAGCUGGAGCGAGGUUUUAAAUUCUAACCUGGUGGCUUCCAUUCCAAAGUCGGUGUUGAAAGCGCCUCCGUUGGACCCUGCCAACCCGACUUCGGCCCACAGCUUUCUCCCCGUGCCUUCCAAUUCAGCCAAGCUGAAGGCAAACGGCGGUGGAAACGUUGAUGCGACAGCCAUUUCUGGCCAGGGUGGCCAAGUAUUCGGCCGUUUCCCGCCCGAAAGCCAUACUCUCAGCGAACAAGAUCUUGAUCCCUACUUCAUUGCCUAUGAGGCUUCCAUCAAAGAGCUCGAGGCUCUCUUGACGGGACCCAUGGAGAAGGUGAACCGUCGUACGCUCAGCCACCUGUCACAUUUGGCCUCAGAUCUUUGCGAAUUAGGUUCUCGCUUAAACGCGUUUGCACUGUCCGAGACAUCUCCUACCUUGGGGCAGGCCAUUGAGAGGAUGGGGCAGGCAGCAGAUUCGUCCUACAUCGCGACAGAGGAGCUUGCUGGGUCCCUCGGGGCAAGCUUUGCCGAGCCCAUGCGUGAAAGCGCGCAAUUUGCGGGAGUCGUCAGAAACGUCCUCCGGUACAGGGUUCUGAAGCGGGUGCAACAAGAGCAGACCAACGAGGAACUUUAUAAGAAGAAGGCACUCCUCGAGGACCUGGAACGUAGCGAAGCGGAAGCUAAGAGAAUCGAGCAGUAUCUGAGCGGAACCACGCAACUGGGCCCCUCUCCGCAGCGGUCGACGAGCCUUCGGGAGUCGCCGAGUGCAAAUAGGGAGAACGAUGACACGGCGUCGAUCGAUUCAGACUUCCCGCCAACACACGGGGAACCAGCACCUUCAGCAGGCCAGGGAGUCCCCCAGAAGAGCAGCUCUUCGCCAGGCCAUAGGAAGGCCCAGAGCAGCAACUCGAUCACGAACAGGAUAUUUGGCCCGAUCCGUCAUGCGAUUCAAGGCGUUGCCGAUGUUGAUCCCGAGAGAACUCGCCGCGACUUGAUUGGCAAGACGCGAGAAGGCAUCGAGCAAUUACAUCAAGCCCAGGUGGUGUCGGAACGCGACAUUGGGGAGGCUAGCAAGAGCAUCCUCAGCGACCUGAAACGGUUUCAGGCCGAAAAGGAGGAGGAUCUGCGGCGCUAUAUGCUCGCAUAUGCCAAGAGUCAGAUUGAGUGGGCGAAGAAGAACAAGGAGACUUGGGAGGAAGCAAAAGCGGAAGCACGUCGCUUGUUGAUCUUAUCGAUACGAGAUAAGCAGGUUCCAAGGGAUGGGCCUAUUCAGGAUAUCGCUGAGCCUGGCAUUCGGCUGCCUCGAGAAUUUCUUCCACCACUGAGGAGGGAAGUUGCGAACCUGCUUCAUCGUAACCAGACCAGCUUCCCCGGCGCGCAGCCUGUCAGCUUUGCGCGAAGACAUCUUCAGGAACUUCGGCAGAAAGACUACUUCGUUUGCGAGAAGUCCGACGGCAUCCGCUACCUACUAUACCUGACAGAAGACAACAACGGAAGAGAGACGGUAUACCUAAUUGACCGCAAGAAUGAUUUCUGGCACGUGGACAACACGAGCGCACAUUUCCCUCUCAAGGAAGACGUCCGGGCUUUCCAUACGCGGACAAUCAUCGACGGCGAGCUGGUGAUGGACCACGAGGAUGGCAAGCGCGUGCCACGCUUCCUCGUCUUCGACUGCUUAGUUCUCGACGGCCAGGACCUCACGCAGCGGAGCUACGACAAACGCAUCGCCUACGUGAAGGAAUGCGUCAUCAAGCCGUACAAGGAGCUCUUCACAAAGUUCCCACAGGAGCGGGCCUUCCAGCCGUUCGACAUGGUGAUGAAAACGAUGGAGUUCAGCUACGGCAUCCACAUGCUCUUCAACGUGGUGCUCCCGAAGCUCAAGCACGGCAACGACGGGCUCAUCUUCACGUGCGUCCAGGCGACGUACAGGCACGGCACGGACGACCACAUCCUCAAGUGGAAGCCGCCCGAGGAGAACACGAUCGACCUGCGGCUACGGCUGGACUUCCCGACCAUACAGCCGGGCACGGAGGGCUGGGACUGGGACGGCGUGGACGAGCCGUUCGUCGACUACGAGAGCGUGCCGCGGGCCGAGCUGUGGAGUUUCCUCGGGGACGGGCGGUACCAGUUCUUCGCGGACCUGCACGUCACCGAGGAGGAGUGGGAGACGCUCAAGCGCGUGGGCGAUCCGCUUGUGGACCGCAUCGUCGAGUGCCACAAGGAUGACCAGGGCCGGUGGCGGCCGCUGCGGUUCCGCGACGACAAGGCUGAGGCGAACCACAUCUCUACGGUCAACAGCGUGCUCGAGAGCAUCGAGGACCGGGUGACGCAGGCAGACCUGGAGGCUGCAGCUAAGGAGAUUAAGGAGAAUUGGAAGCUGAGGGCCGGCAGGGGGGCCAAGAGAUGAGCACGGCUGUGAGGCGUGUCUACGUGCGUGUUUGGUGCAUUAGGUUGUUCGGGCAAGGUCAUGUGUCAUUGUUCUAACAGAGGGUUCGCGUCUUUUCGUAUCUCCCUUGGAAAAAUUUGGGGGGAUCAAACAAGCGAAGACGAAUCGUUUGCGGCGUUUGCGGCGUUUGGUGGGAGGAUUCUCGCUUUCUACUGCUUAAGCGGUUUGUACUAGGUGGCUUGGGAGGGAAGUGUAGUAUCGAGGGAUCGAAGGACAGAGAUAGGAGUUGGAUCUGGUGUUGAAGAUGAUAGAGAAAGCAUGGGCUGCCGUGCGUCUUAUUCGCUAUACGCAUCUCCUAGUGUCUAUACGGUGAUGAUUCGUCUCCCCAGAAGGAGUUGUGU